AUGUGCGAUGACGAUGAAACCACUGCCCUUGUGUGUGACAAUGGUUCUGGGCUUUGCAAAGCUGGGUUUGCAGGAGAUGAUGCCCCAAGAGCUGUAUUUCCAUCCAUCGUUGGGCGUCCUCGCCAUCAGGGUGUUAUGGUUGGAAUGGGUCAAAAAGACAGCUAUGUAGGGGAUGAAGCACAAAGUAAAAGAGGAAUCCUGACGCUGAAGUAUCCCAUCGAGCAUGGAAUCAUCACUAACUGGGAUGACAUGGAAAAGAUUUGGCAUCACUCUUUCUACAAUGAACUCCGGGUUGCGCCGGAGGAACAUCCCGUCCUGCUGACCGAGGCCCCCUUGAAUCCCAAGGCCAACCGUGAAAAAAUGACUCAG